GAAUAUUUCGGAGGAUUACUUUCGUUUUAAACAAUAAAAUGUGGAUGAAGAUAGCUCUUAUAACUUGCCUUUUGGUUCUCAUCUCUCCUGGAAGUAGAGGGAUAACUGUGCCAUCUUGCUGUCCAGAAAGCCAGAGUCCAUCUGGAGGACCAAGUCAAAACACAGGAGCUGUAGUUUGUUACUUCCGCCGGACUUCGCUAACAUUGGAAUGUAUCAAGGGUAGCUCAAGGCACACCUGUACAAUUGUACGAGCCAGUGCUUCAUCCGAGUAUGAACAGCGAGGCCCAACACCUUACGGCGAGUACUUGAUCGGUAAACAUCGCUCCAGCACCACCUAUCCAGGACUGGACUGGUACAGACUCUACCCUAAGAAGGAAGACAAUUCUGGAUACUAUGGUUACUACUCCCCCAACAAAAAGGGUCGCUCUACAAUGGGUCUUCACCCCGGCAAGGUUUCUUGGGGUUGUGUCACGGUUGCUACUAUCAGCUGUAGCAGCGGUAGCUACAGCUGCUACAACAGCAAUUCGUGCUGGAGGCAGAUCAAGCGUAUUGUUAACAGUGGCAACAUGUACUACCGUGGUUCCUCUUACUCUGGUAUUCUUUACGUUGUGCCUUAAGUCAAUGUUCCAUGAUGUAGAUGACGACUAGUUUUGGAAUUAGCUUGGACUGCGUCGGUGUUUUUUAGUUGAACCAAAUGUGUCGUAGUAGAUAAUUUUAUCACCAUAGGUAUGAAAGAUUAGUAGGCUSACGCUUCGGACUCCGACGAAGGACUAACGUCCGAAACGUCAGUCUACUAUCUUUCGUACCUACGGUAAUAAAAUUAUCUACUACGACACAUUUUGUUCCAUGAUGUGAUUUUAAAUAAAAGUUAAACUUUGUUCCGAUAACAUUUAGCAUUACUAUAUUUUCUUUAUCUGUUAGAAUAAGCUAGCAUCAGUUACUUAUAUUAGUAAGAAAAAUAGGUACCUUUAGGGGGUACAUGUCAUAUACGCCUGCAUGCAGAGGCAAUAACAGGGAUAGUGUAGGUACCAAAUGUAGGCAUAGAACAGCAGGGACAUUAAUUACUUUUAAGUAGAAUUGAAAGCAUUUUAUAUAAGCUGAGUUAGAAAUGUAUGGCAAUAUGUUGAUAAUAAUAAUAAACUUGAGUAUUUCCAAUUCAA